UCAACAACAGCAACCAUCGAAUUCACCAAGAUGGCCGCAUCUAAUGUGACUGGUCUUGCCACGAAGUUGAGGAGUACUCUGAAGAACUCCACCGUACUGACGCCCGACUCGGAAGGCUACGCUCAGGCAAUCAUACGAUGGAGUGACGAGAUGGAGAAGAGGGCGGGCAUCGUCGUAUACCCUGAGACAGCAGAAGAUAUCUCAACCGCGGUACUAUUGUCAAAGGAGUAUUCUGUCCCACUUGCUGUAUGUGGCGGCAAGCACGGCUCCAGUGGCGCCGCCUCCAUCGAGGGUGGCCUGCAGAUUGACAUGGGACACAUGCGCGAUGUGUCUAUUGACCUAAGCAACAACACCGCCAAGGUUCAAGGUGGUUGUAUCUGGAAAGAUGUUGACGAAGCUGCUGCACCUCACAACCUUGCCAUGAUUGGAGGUACCAUCAACCACACUGGCGUUGGUGGGUUGACUCUUGGAGGUGGCUACGGAUGGUUGACUGGGCGUCACGGUCUUACCAUCGAUGAGGUUCGUGCAGUGACGAUGGUCCUCGCUGACGGCCGCAUCGUCACUGCGUCUAGCGAUGAGAACCAGGACCUUUUCUGGGCGGUUCGUGGAGCAGGUCACUGCUUUGGUAUUGCUGUCGACUUCACGUUCCAAUUGCACCCCCAGGAAAACCCCGUGUGGAGCGGACAGAUGAUCUUCCCGGCAUCCAAGGCCCUCACCACCGUCGUCAACUUCGCCAACAACCUCGUCGCGACCACGGAUGGCGCGUCUGCCAUGGUCAUGGGUAUCACGCAACCUCCAUUCAUGCAGGAGCCUGCCGUUGUUGCGACUGUGUUCCACGACGGUCCCGAGGACGAAGCCAGGGAGAUCUUCAAGCCUUUGUUGGACCUGAAUCCAAGGAUCAACACCACCAAGGUACGCCCGUACGUUGAGCAGAACAGUCUCAUGAACGGCCCCGUCGACUAUGGCAACCGCAAGCUGUCCAAGGGAGUGCCGUACACGCUGCCUCUGAGCCCCGACUUUGUUCACUCGCUGGUUGGCGAGCUGAAAAAGCUUCACGCGCAGGUUGAUGGCUCCACCAAGUCGAUUAUGCUGUUCGAAUUUUUCCACAUGGGCAAGGUCUUGAGGCCAUGGCAGGACAUGGCGCACGCCAUCCGCGGCGAACACAACCAGGUCAUGAUUGGCCCAUUCUGGCUGAAGCCAGAGGACGACGCGACGGUUCGAUCGUGGGCGACGAACACAGCUGCCGUGGUCCGCGGCGAGCUCGAGCGUGUGAACGGCAAGGAAGUCGCUGACUCAAUAGGCGAGUAUGGAAACUAUGACGGUCUCUUGGUCGACCCCCAACGCAUCUUUGGCAAGAACCUGCCGCGCCUCGCAGAGCUCAAGCAAAAGUACGACCCAGAGAACGUGUUCAACAGGGGAUACCAGCUUGUGGCUGCGCCGUGA